AUGACACAUCUUUCCAGCAUGAAAUCCCUUGUACUUGCCAUUCUCGCUUUGGUAUUUGCAUUGAACCACGUCGACGCGUUAGUCUUCCAGAGGGCUCCAAAUGUCAGCCCUCUACUUUCUAAGCUGGACGCCUUGAUUGAAUCGACCUCCAGCAAUCCAAACGAUCCAAAUACACAAGAGGAAAUAAAAGCAAUGAUGGUGAAUAUCAGUGAAUCGCGACAAGGCGAUCAACGGAAGAAGCUCCCAGGGCAGUGGGAACUCAUAUUUACAACCGAGAAGGAGGUGAACUUUUUCAAAACUAGCUGGCCCUUUGCCUCUGUGAGCGACAUUGUCCAAGAUCUCGAUUUGUACAACAGCCAAAGUAUUGACAAUUCAAUCAACUUUGAAACGGGUGGAAAGUUUGCUGUAACUGGAACCGCAAAGGCCAUUGACGGUGACAGUGAAUUCGACCGUGUUGGUUUUGAGUUUAAAAGUGCGGCGAUCACUGCAUGGGACAAAACCUUUCAGAUUCCACCGGUUGGCGCCGGGUGGUUUGACACGAUGUACUGCGAUGACUGCUAUCGUUUGAGCCAAGAUGUAAGAGGUGAUUGGUCAGUCUUUCGUAGAAGAUAG